AUGGACAACUACGAGAAGGAUCCUGGCUGGAAGUAUUUAAGGCAGUCAUCGGAGCAGUUAAUGGCAGCGGCGACGAAGAAGUUCGAUUCGAAGAAAAACGUCUGGGUUGCUGACGCCGAGGAGGGAUUCGUAGCUGCUGAGAUCAAGUCCACUAAGGGUGACAAUAUUGUCGUUGUGACGAGUAAGGGAAUCGAGAAAACGAUCAAGAAAGAUGAAGCACAGCAAAUGAAUCCACCAAAAUUCGAAAAAACCGAAGACAUGGCGAAUCUGACAUUUCUUAACGACGCCUCAGUUCUUCACAAUCUUCGCCAACGAUACUUCUCAAUGAUGAUUUAUACUUACUCCGGUCUUUUCUGUGUCGUCAUCAAUCCAUACAAACGUCUUCCGAUUUAUUCGGAAUCUGUAUGCCAAAUGUACACCGGUCGACGUCGUAAUGAAAUGCCACCGCAUCUGUUUGCCGUCGCUGAUGAAGCUUACAGAAAUAUGCAAAAUGAUCAAGAGAACCAAUCAAUGCUGAUCACUGGUGAGUCAGGAGCUGGAAAGACGGAAAACACAAAGAAAGUGAUCUCAUAUUUUGCGAUGGUCGGCGCAUCACAAACUUUUUAUAACAGAAGGAAAGCCAAGAAAGAUAAAUCAAGAGUGUCACUGGAGGACCAGAUUGUGCAAACAAAUCCUGUUCUUGAAGCAUUCGGAAAUGCGAAAACAGUACGGAAUAAUAACUCGUCUCGCUUUGGAAAAUUCAUUCGCAUCCACUUCAAUAAAGCUGGAAAAGUUGCCGGGGGCGAUAUUGAACAUUGUAAGUACUUAUCGAGAGUAAUCAAACAAGCACCUGGCGAACGAUGUUAUCACAUUUUCUAUCAGAUCUAUUCAGGUGCUGUUAAAGGACUUAAAGAAAAAUUGAUGCUCGACCGUCCUAUUAAGGAUUAUCAUUUCGUUGCUCAAGCUGAAACCACUAUUGACGGAGUGGACGACAAAGAGGAAAUGUUAAUCACCGAUGAAGCCUUCGAUAUAAUGAAGUUCAGCCAACAAGAAAAAGAUGAUUUGUUUGCGAUUACUGCUGGUAUUAUGCAUAUGGGCGAGCUGAAGAUCAAGCAGAGACCCCGAGAGGAGCAAGCUGAACUGGAAAACGGCAAAGAAGGCGAACUUGCUUGUAAACUGUUCCAUGUAGACUUCGAGAAAUUCGUUGGCUCUUUACUUAAACCACGAGUGAAAGUUGGCUCAGAAUGGGUUAAUAAGGGACAAAAUCUCGAACAGGUAAACUGGGCACUGGGUGCUCUUGCCAAGGCGCUGUAUGCUCGAAUGUUCACGUGGCUCAUAAACAGAUGUAACAGAACUCUGGAUGCUCAAGAUCUCUCUCGGGAUUUUUUCAUUGGUGUGCUUGAUAUUGCCGGUUUCGAGAUCUUUGAUCACAACUCAUUUGAACAACUCUGGAUUAAUUUCGUUAACGAGAAACUUCAACAAUUCUUCAAUCAUCAUAUGUUUGUACUUGAACAAGAAGAAUAUUCACGUGAAAGCAUUCGUUGGGAGUUUAUCGAUUUUGGGCUUGAUCUACAAGCAUGUAUUGAUCUUAUCGAAAAACCACUAGGAGUGAUUUCGAUGCUUGACGAAGAAUGUAUCGUUCCAAAGGCCACGGAUUUGACCUUAGCCUCAAAACUUAAUGAUCAACAUCUUGGAAAGCAUCCGAAUUUCCAGAAACCAAGACCUCCGAAAGGAAAACAGGAUGAAGCACAUUUUGCCAUUAUUCACUAUGCAGGUACGGUAGGAUACAAUGUUAAAGGAUGGUUGGAAAAGAAUAAGGAUCCUUUGAACGAUACAGCUGUUACAGUAUUGAAAGCAAAUAAAGGAAAUCAGUUACUAUCGGAUCUGUGGGCAGACUAUAACACUCAAGAAGAUAUCGUCAACCUCGGUAAAAAAGCUCCCGGAAAGAAGGGCAAAUCUGCAUCGUUUAUGACGGUAUCGAUGAUAUACCGUGAAUCACUGACCAAUCUCAUCCACAUGUUGAAUCAAACACAUCCGCACUUCAUUCGUUGUAUCAUUCCUAACGAACAGAAAAAGAGCGGUGUAAUCGAAGCGAAUUUGGUACUUAAUCAACUUACUUGUAACGGUGUACUGGAAGGAAUUCGUAUUUGUCGUAAAGGUUUUCCCAAUCGUAUGCCUUAUUCGGAUUUCAAACAAAGAUAUGCCUUACUGACUGCUGAUGCCAUUAAAAACGCAAAAACCGACAAGGAUGCCGGUGAGAUAAUCACUUCCAUACUCACCAACAAAGGAUCUUUGAAGGUUGAAGAAUUCCAAUGCGGUAACACUAAGGUGUUCUUCAAAGCUGGUGUAUUGGCUCAUCUUGAGGAACUACGCGAAGCUGUCCUGUCAGUGAUCAUCACAAAAUUUCAAUCUGCUUGUCGACAUUAUUUAGCAUUGUGUGAAUACAAAAGAAAAAUCGAUCAAAAAGUUGGACUUUUGGUGAUCCAACGCAAUGUUCGGGCAUGGUGUACACUUCGCACGUGGCAUUGGUUUAGAUUAUACGGUAAGGUCAAGCCACUCAUCAAAGGAAGUAAAAAGGAAGAGGAAAUGGAGAUGCUAAAGAAAAAAUAUAAAGAACUCGAGGAAAAUCAUCAUACUGAGGAGCGCAAACGAAAAGACGUCGAAGCCGAGAAUGCUCGCCUUCAGGCUGAAAAGCAAGCGAUACUCAUGCAGUUGGAACGAGAACGUGAUGAAAUCUCCGAAAUCGAAGAACGUAGUGCGAAAUUGCUCGCUCAAAAAGCGGACACUGAAAAACAGAACGCAGAUCUCAACGAUCAGCUUGCCGAUCAAGAAGAACGAAACGAGACAUUGGCUAAGGCAAAAAAGAAAAUUGAACAAGACAACGAAGCACUAAAGAAAACAAUGGCUGAUCUGCAAACAACUGUGAAAAAACAGGAAAAUGAGAAACAAGGCAAAGAUCAUCAGAUUCGAUGCCUACAGGAUGAAAUAGCUUCACAGGAUGAGCUUCUCUCAAAGAUCAACAAAGAGAAGAAGCAUCAAGAAGAGGUAAAUCGAAAGCUUUUGGAAGACAUACAAGCACAAGAGGACAAAGUGAACCAUGUCAAUAAAGUAAAGGCUAAAUUGGAAUCUACUCUAGACGAUAUGGAAAACUAUCUCGAGCGUGAAAAACGCAGUCGGCAAGACAUCGAAAAGCAAAAACGUAAAGUUGAAGGGGAACUAAAGAUCGCUCAGGAAAUGAUCGAAGAGAUUACACGACAAAAGAACGAACAAGAAUCACUUAUUAAAAAAAAGGAUGCAGAGAUUACAUCAUUGGCGACGCGUCUUGAGGAUGAACAAUCACUGGUUGCCAAACUACAACGAAUAAUUAAGGAGCUACAAGCACGAAUUCAAGACUUGGAAGAGGAACUAGAGGCGGAGCGUCAAAGUCGAAGCAAGGCAGAAAAGGCAAGAAACGAAAUGCAUCUGGAAUUAGAGGAACUAGGAGAUCGACUUGAUGAAGCUGGUGGUGCUACACAAGCACAAAUGGAGCUGAACAAGAAACGUGAAGCAGAGUUGGCGAAACUACGUCGAGAUCUUGAAGAGGCGACGAUUAAUAGUGAAACGAUGAUGGUGGCAUUGAGGAAAAAACAUGCAGAAGGCAUUGCUGAAUUGAACGAUCAACUUGAUACAGUACAGAAAUUGAGAGCGAAACUUGAGAAUGAGAAAGCGCAACAACAACGAGAGAUUGAAGACCUACAAGCAGCUGUCGAUAGUGAAUCCAAGCAAAGACAGGUUAUGGAACGUCUUGCCAAGCAGCUUGAAGUACAACUCACUGAUAUGACGCUGAAGAGCGACGAGCAAUCGCGAAGCAUCCAAGAGUUAAUCACAUCAAGAGGAAAAUUGCAAUCCGAUAACAGCGAAUUAAAUAGACAAUUAGAAGAUGCCGAAUCACUUGUGGCCACUCUGAACCGCAUCAAACAACAACUACAAGCCCAAAAUGAAGAUGCACGUAAACAAAUCGAACAGGAAACGAGAGAAAAACAAAGUCUACAACUUCAGGUAUCAAACUAUCAACUAAAAUGUGAACAACUUCAUGAGGCGCUUGAUGAAGAACAGGACUUGAAAACAGAACUUCAACGUCUGAUAAGCAAAGCGAACGCUGAAACUCAACAAUGGCGAGCACGAUUUGAAGGCGAAGGAAUGAACAGAGCUGAAGAGUUGGAAGAAGCAAGAAGAAAACUUGCCCACAAAGUGCAAGAAGUUCAAGAGCAACUUGAAAACGCCAAUCAAAAGAUCAGCUCACUAGAGAAAACCAGACAGCGGCUCGUGAAUGAGCUGGAAGACGCACAAGUGGAUGCCGAUAGGGCGAAUUCCAUAGCAAGCGCACUGGAGAAAAAACAAAAAGGCUUUGACAAGGUGGUCGAUGAAUGGCGACGAAAGUGUGAAGGACUGGUCCAGGAACUCGAAAGUAGUCAACGUGACACACGCUCAGCAACCACUGAAGCCAUACGGUUACGAAAUCAACUUGACGAAGCGGCAGAACAGGUAGAAGGAGUUCGUCGUGAGAACAAGGCGCUUGCACAAGAAUUGAAAGAUAUCACGGAUCAGUUAGAUGAAGGUGGUAAGAGUGUGCAUGACUUACAGAAAAUCCGAAGGCGUCUUGAAAUCGAGAAGGAGGAAUUACAGCUAGCCCUUGACGAAUCUGAAGCAGCGCUAGAAGCUGAAGAAGCAAAAGUACUGCGUGCGCAAGUGGAAGUGUCACAGAUUCGAUCAGAGAUCGAGAAACGACUCCAGGAGAAGGAGGAAGAGUUCGAGAACACGCGAAAAAAUCACCAACGAGCCCUCGAGAGUAUGCAAGCCUCACUAGAGAGUGAGUCAAGAGGGCGUGCUGAUCUACUGAGAAUGAAGAAGAAACUAGAGAGUGACAUUAAUGAAUUUGAAAUCGCGCUGGAUCACGCUAACAAGGCAAACGUUGAUGCACAGAAAAACUUGAAAAAAUACCAAGAUUCCGUCCGAGAACUUCAACUACAAGUGGAGGAAGAACAACGUCAACGUGAUGACGCUCGAGAACAAGCGAUGAUAGCCGAGCGACGAGCUCAAAUUGUUCAGCAGGAGAAAGAGGAUUUGGCGAUGGCCUACGAACAGGCUGAAAGAGCUAGACGACAGGCAGAAUAUGAAAGUGUUGAAAGUAAGGAGAUAGCAACUGCAAUGGCAAACACAAAUGCUGUUCUGAGUGCUCAUAAGAAACGCCUUGAAGGAGAACUACAGGUGAGGAAACGCUCAAAUGAAAUUGGACGGCUCAGCGAUGAACUACGAUCUGAGCAAGAACACGCACAAAAUAUCGUUAAACUGAAAAAAGCACUCGAAUCACAAGUAAAGUUGGAAGGUGAAAGCCGACGACACGCUGAAGCAGUGAAGAAUCUCCGCAACAAAGACCGUCGAUGCCGAGAAUUGCAAUUUCAGGUCGACGAAGACAAAAAAUCAUCAGAGCGUACAUUUGAUCUCAUUGAGAAACUACAGCAGAAAAUCAGGACGUACAAACGCCAAGUAGAAGAGGCGGAGACGCUAGCUGCUCAAAAUCUCGCUAAGUAUCGUCAGUUGCAACAUGCUCUUGAGGACGCCGAAGAACGUGCCGCAGCCGCCGAGAAUGCCAUGGCUAAGAUGAGACUGAAGAAUCGUAGCGGAUCUUAUAGGCCCUUAGCGCAUUCGAUGUCUUCCACUGCAGUGAACAUGAAAAGCAGCAGUUCAUCACGUGGCCGUCUGCUCGACGACGGUGUCGAAGAACGACAGAACUGA